AUGUAUUUGGAAUUGUUACCCAACGAAUUAUUAUUAAAUUUAUUCGAAUAUUUCAAUAGUUUUUAUCUGUUUCGUGCUUUUUACACUCUUAAUUCUCGUUUCAAUAAACUUCUCAUUGAAUAUUUUCGAAUUCAUAAAUUCGAUUUUCAUUAUUUAUCAAAAGAAGAAUUUGAAUUCACACGUCGAGAAUAUCUUCCAUUAAUUUCACAUCGAAUUGUUGCUCUUUAUCUAUCAAAUACAGAUGAAACACCAUAUCAAAUUGAUUUAUUUCUUGGAAAUGAUUUAACUCUUCCUCAAUUUAUUCAUUUACGAUCAUUAUCAUUUCAUUAUGUUUGUUCUAAUGAAUUAUUAAAUAAAAUUAUUUUACAAUGUUAUUAUCUUCCUCAUUUAACUUGUUUUCGUUUGAUUGAAUGUUAUUUUGAACAUUAUGAUAUAUCUCAUUAUGAUACUUUCAAUUAUCUUUGGUCUUUACCAAAACUUACUCAUUGUGUAUUAGAUUUUAGAUUUCAACGUUAUAAUCGAAUAUCAUUACCAGCACUUGUAUCACAAUCUAUAAAAUAUUUAUCAAUGCCAUAUAUUCAUUGGCAAUGGAAUGAUUUUAUUGAUUUAUUAGAAAGUAUACCAAAUAUUCUUCGAUUAGAUAUACGUUUACCUGAUUUUGCUACUUCCAUACAAAUAAAAUCUCCUAUUCAAUUUAUCUCAGCUUUAGAGAUCUUUGUUUCUAAUUCAUCUACCUUAUUGUUCAAUUUAUCACAAAAUAUGACAAAUUUAUCAUGUUUAAUAGUUAAAACUACAGGUAUUAUUAUCGAUGGACAUCAAUGGAAACAAAAUUUUGUUAAUUAUUUAUCGAAAUUAAAAAUAUUCAGAUGUUUUAUGAGUUGUGAAUUGGGUUAUAAUACUGAUAAAGAGAAAACAGUUGAUUCAUUAUUUGGUUCAUAUCGUAGUUCAUAUUGGAUUGAAGAUCAUCAAUGGUUUAUUCGAUGUCAAUGGUCACCAAGUGAUACUGAAAAACUAAUAUCUCUUUAUACACUUCCUGAUCGUUCAGAUUAUUCAAUUAUUCAACCCUCAAGUUAUACUCUUCUUACAAAAUCAACAUGCCCAUUUGAAUAUGAUUAUGACAAUAAUAAUAUUCCAGCUAUGAUUCACUUUGCAUUUAAACAUACAUAUAUGUAUUUUUCGUAUAUUCGAAAUCUUCAUUUAACAUUACCUUUAGCUGAUCUAUUAUUAUCUAAUUUACCACAAUUGAAUCGAUUAAUUCAUCUUCAAGUUGGAUGUGUUCCAUACAUUGAUGCAAAUACGGCUGUAUAUCAAUUACAAAAAUUAAUUGAUCAAGCACCUUAUCUUUAUUCAUUAGAAAUAUUAACUUGGUUUCCAUCUGAUAUUCAAGAAAUACCAUUAAAUCUGUUUAGUCAUUCAAUUCGAUCACUCAAGUUUCAAAAUGUAUCUUGUGAUACCAAUAGAAAUAAUAUUUCUUUGUUCAAUGGUCAUAAAUGUUUUCUUUUAAUUAAUUCAUCAUUAGGAAUUCAAUGUGAAUUUCUUUCUUUAAUUGUCAGAAAACGAACAAAUAUUAUUGAUCUUGUCAAUGGAUUACCGAAUCUUCGUACAUUAAAAGUUCAUUCUAAAGAUGACCAAUGCGAAUAUCAUUCAGUUAAACCAUCGAUCGAAGAUGAAUUGAUUCUAUGGUUACAAGCUCGUUUAUCAUGUCUUAUCAAUAGAGAUAUGAGAUUUACGAAAUUUAUUCAUCUAUGGAUUCGUUAA